AUGGACAAAGUCAAGAACACAAUGCGCAAGGGAUUCGAGAAGGCGACGAUGAUCAAGGAAGAGCCGGCUCCCGAGAAGAAGCACCAUGCUCUCAACACCACAUACCCCGCCCAAGCCCAUCAGCCAAGCAUGGUUGGCGGAACCGAUAUACAGUUCAACAACACUGCGCAUACUGGGCAGACAGAGACGGGCAAAAGUUCGCUGGGACAACCAAGCAGUAAGCCCUGAUGGUUGAGCACUGGCUUUUGUUUGUGUGUUUUUGUCUCGCACGCUUGGCAUCUGAAUGAUGGAACACAAGCCUGAUAACAUUGUAUCCUGGAAAGCGUUGGCGGAUUAUUUGGAGGAGAGUAAUAGGGCCAAGCGAGGAGCUGGCCCGUCUGGGGUAAUGGCUGCGAUGGGGGAACACUUUGAGCAGCCUUGACGAGUUAUGAAGCAACAAGAACGAAAACUUGUAUAAUAGUGUAUUCAAAGCACAAAUAUGAUACAAGGACUGUCAGAUGGUCAGUAAUAUUCAAA